GGCCCCACAAGCAGGGUGAGCAGGUAUGGAGUCUCAGGUUUAAGGAGGCGUGACUCCUUGUGGGUCGACGCUUCCCAGUAUUUAGGAUAGUCCCUCCUGUCGGGCCCCUGGAAGUUCUGCCCCGAAUAACGUUCGGGGUGAGCGAGGACGUCAGCUGCAGCGUGGAAGGCGGCUGAUGUGCACGUAGGUGCGUCCUCAGACCAGAAAAGCAGCCCAAGCCAUCGCCACGCCGGCCCCGCCCCCCGAAACGGGGGAAGGCCUUGCGCUUCCGCGGGGCGGGGCACCCCGGCGCCCAUGCAGAUUAGCCGCGGUGGCUCCCGGGGCCACGUUUCCGCCGGCCCCCUGCCUCGCAGCUAUGGCGAUGCGGGUGGCUGCGCGGCGCGGGCGGCCGGUGCGGGUGCUGGUGGACAUGGAUGGCGUUCUGGCGGAUUUCGAGGCCGGCCUCCUGCGGGGCUUCCGCCGAAGCUUCCCCGGGGAGCCGCACGUGCCGCUGCAGGAGCGUCGCGGCUUCCUCGCCUGCGAGCAGUACCGAGCCCUGCGCCCGGACCUGGCGGACAAAGUGGCCAGUGUGUAUGAAGCCCCAGGCUUUUUCCUAGACUUGGAGCCCAUCCCUGGAGCCUUGGAAGCAAUGCGGGAGAUGAAUGACAUGCAGGACACCGAGGUCUUCAUCUGCACCAGCCCUCUGAUGAAGUAUGACCACUGUGUGCACGAGAAGUACUGCUGGGUGGAGAAGCACCUGGGGCCCCAGUUUGUGGAGCGCAUUAUCUUGACGAGGGACAAGACGGUGGUCUUGGGGGACCUGCUCAUUGAUGACAAGGACACCAUUCAAGGCCAAGAGGAGACCCCAAGCUGGGAGCACAUCUUGUUCACCUGCUGCCACAACCAGCACCUGGCCCUGCCCCCACCACGGAGACGGCUGCUCUCCUGGAGGGACAACUGGAAGGAGAUUAUAGACAGCAAGCGGGGAGCCCUGCAGCGGGACCGAACCGGCCUGGGGCUGCCCCAGGAAUAAGGUGAGGGGCCAUGGCUGUGUACAGUAGAUGAAGGAAGGGAAGGCAGACCAGCAGGGAACCCGGGCAGAGCUAAGCGACAGGGCCGCAUCAUGGCAACGGCCCCCCAGCACUGUGCCAGCCACUGAACCUUCCUGGCAGAGCUGGCAUGAAAACAUGGUGGGAAAAUCAGGAACCUUUUUAAUAAAACACUUUGGCUCACUGCUCUCUUAAGGCCUUUUAUUUGGGGGAAGCGAAGGGACAGGAGCCCCACAGGGGCAGCUGGGACAGAGGCCGAUGAGGAGGCCUUUGCCUCCCUCCCUCUCGUCUCCUUAGUCCAUUAGUUCCAUAGUCUUCCCACCUCCACGUCCACCUGGAAACCAUUCCUCUCGAAUCUGCCUUUCCUUGGCCAUGUAAGAGGUCAUCCUUGGGCUCCCCUGGUGGCGCAGUGGUUAAGAAUCCGCCUGCCAGUGCAGGGGACACGGGUUCGAUCCCCGGUCCGGGAAGAUCCCACAUGCCGCGGAGCAACUAAGCCCGUGCACCACAACUACUGAGCCUGCGCUCUAGAGCCCACGAGCCACAACUACUGAGCCCACGUGCCACAACUACUGAAGCCUGCACGCCCUAGAGCCCAUGCUCUGCAACAAGAGAAGCCACUGCAGUGAGAAGCCUGCGCACCCCAACGAAGAGUAGCCCCCGCUCGCCGCAACCAGAGAAAGCCCGCGCGCAGCAACGAAGACCCAACGCAGCCAAAAAUAAAUAAAAUUUUAAAAAAGAAAAAAGAAAGAGGUCAUCCUUAAGGGAGGCCAGGACCUUCCACUGCUCCUGAACCCCACCUUUCCAAGGGGGCCCACACCCCUUCCCCCGUGCUGAGCAGCUGACACUAGACUCUGAGCCAUUCGCUUGCUGUCCGUAUCUGGUCCCAUCUCCCUUGAGCACCUCUCUUACUUGCAUCCCUGAAGCCAGCCUGAGACAGAUUUCCAGGGACAGGGGACCCCCACCCCCGCCACUAACCCUGAUGGCAGAGAAGGCAGGCAGGGCUUCCAGGCAGGUACCAUGGGGUGGUGAAGGGAAAAGACAACCGCUCGAAGAGUCUGUGCCUGUGUUCUAACGUGUCAUCCCCCUCAUGGCCUCCGUCUCAAUGCCUGAUGGCCACGUUCACUAGGUCACUGGGCUGCGACGCUCAAGAUCAGGGACCGCGUCUUCGUCUUUGAAGCCCUAACAUGGUGCCUGGCUGACAGGCCUGUGUGGAUAACAGCUAAUCCUGGGCCACGGAGUUCUGCAGGCCAGCAUCCACCAUGCCCAGCGCCCAGGCUGGAGAGCUUGCAGGACAGGCACCCAGCCUCCACAGCAGCGGACACAACGCUUCCCCAGCUUCCCAGGGCCCCGAAAUGCUUUUAACAACAAGGCUUCUCAUUUCUAUUUCUCAGAAUUACUCCCGACACUUCUGUUAAGGGAUGAUGCCUAUUUCCUCAAGCUCAGGCAAUUCUCCUAAGCCCCAGGCCCAGCUGUUCCUCAGGAGAAACAGCGUCUGCAGAGCCUCUGGGUCUAGGCACCUGUCGCUUCUCACACGAGGGGGACAGCUUGGUGGCAGGGUGGGCCAAGAGGCAGGACCUUCGCCUCUAGCUGGUUGAGAGCGGCAGCCUGUCAAAACGGCACCCUUCGAUUUCUGUCUCCACGUGUCUCAAAGUCUGGCUUCCUCACUCAUCUCCUGGUGCCUUUCAUCGCAAUGCAAACACCUGUCGCGCUGAGAAAACUC